AGGUGCCCCUUUGAAUCUCUAUUUUUGCACCCUUUGGGUAAAUACCUACCUAGCAGUGCCCUUGCUGAGUCACGGAGUAGUUACCUCGAGAUUGAGAUGGAUUAGGCCCUUCUCUUUGUCUUUUUAUUGUACGUGCGCCCACCCCUGAGCCGAGUCCCGUAGAGUCUGGCUCACCUCCUGACUUUCUGGAAGUAGAGACUUCCUCCUGUCGGGAGUUCUAGCUCGUUCAUUCCACCUGCUGCAUGGCAUUCUGGGAGUCUGUGUGUCACCGUUGAUCCUCUGAAAAGUAAAAAGGCACAAGUCUGUUUAGCUUUGUUGAAUUAGGCAUUUCCCAACCCUACGCGAGCUUGGGAUGCUUUUCCCCGGACUUACACUGCGUGUGGCCAUGCGGCAUUCACUCGGCCCCACAGUCCGUCUCCGUCAGUAGGGGCAAAGGAUCUUUGCUGAAAAGACAGCUUCAUUGUACUCUGUGUUAUCCAAAACGUCGUUUUCAGAAUUCUGGGUACUUUGCUCAUCCGUGGACGCCGUUAUACAACAAUGGUGACUCAAAGUGCUGCUGCACCAGACUCGGCCGACUCACUGCUGCCUUCACUGUGAACAUGAAAGCCCUCCAAAUUCAGCAGUGCACGUGCUCACCCCGUGCGCAGUCCAGACUCAGUGCUCAGCUUGUAAAAACCUUACCAUUUGCCGUAGUUGCCUCAAUUCUUUUUUACUAGAAGUAAAACAUUACAGAUGUAGUGGUGUCUCCUCUGUGCUCCGUCCUGAUGUGGUCGGUGGGUUCCUCCCCUUCUCCGGCAGCACCCGGUGUCCUGAAGGGAGGUGCGGGCUCAUCGGGUCCACAUGUGCCAUCGCAACUGCAGACGUGUGCCAGAGGACACACGGGGCCGUGUGCAUCUGUGUCCUGAACCAUUCCCAGAUCUGCUAUUUAUCUUGUUACGAAAGUGGGUUUGGUGUGUAUUUGAUGGAUAGUAAAUGAUAUUUCAAUCCCAAAGUAAUUUCUCUGUACACACCUACCUAGGGGCCUUUGUCUUUUCCUCCUAUGUAGCUUUUCUCAUUCUACUUCACUGGCUGCAGGUUUUCCUCCGUUUCCCUCAGUGCUUGUCCACAUACCUAACUAUCAGGAUUAAAUACGUUAUUUAUGUAGACACAGUGAAAUCUCGUUAAAAAACCGUCCUGCCACGUGGGACAGAGAGCUACCUAUAGAUUAGUCGUGGUCGAGAAGGUUGUGAUUGCCGUGAAGCCUCAUGCAGCGGGGUUCGUCUCCCAUGGGUGCCUGAGCAUGUGCCCAGUGGCCUCUGUGAUCACCGUCUAAUCCGAGAAAGAAAGGUCCAGAUCUCUCAAGAUUUGGGCAUUACUAGAAUGGUGGGAAAAUGGUAAGUCGGAAACUGUUAGAAAAGGUUCCUGAAAGGAAUCUUUGUAAAUAAGCUUCCCGUUCUUCAAGAUAAAUGUAAACUAGAUGGCACGAUGUGUUGAAGUGAAUAGUGCUUAAAGUAGGGUGGGCGAGGCUAGAAUAGGAGUUAUUUGAUGGGUCCAAAGAUUUUAUUCAUCCAUGUUUCCCUUCCUCGUGGAGUGCCUGCUGUGUGCCGGGCAGUGUGCUGCACGUUGAAAGUUGGAGAUCAGUGACAAAUGCAAGGAUUCCAAGUUCUCAGCUUCAGUUUCCUGACCUAGACCCCUGAAGAAUCCGGGACAAGUGACCCAUGUCCUUACUAUUUUCUGUCCUGAAGGUGCCUAGGGGAAAGAAAGCGCUCUCUCCAGUGGCUUUGUCCUGGGCCUUUAGAGAAGUACAGAAACACAGGGAAAGAACAUGGACUUUUGAGUGAGACCCCCCCCUGGCUUUGCCACCCACACCACCGUGUACCUGACCUCUGGACGUUUCCUCAUUGGUGAUGUUCACAGGGGUUUUGGGUGAAGCUUCAGUGCGUUACUGAGUGUGAACGGACCCAGUAUAACGUGUGCGUAGCCGGGACUCAACACGUGCUAGUCUCCAUCUUUGCCAUUUAUAUCGUCUGAAGCCCCUGGGGAAAGCAUGAAGCAGAUGUGGACGGGGAGUGGGCCACCCGGCACGGCGCUCCCAGCUGUUAGUGCUCUCACGGGGGCGACGUUCACGGGCAUAGUGAGCAGGCUUUGUCUCAGUACAGGACCUCAAGACCCACCAGAACCUCCCGUGCUGCAGCCACCUGUCCUGGAGCAGUAGUAUGUACCAGACUUGGGCCCAAGGGGCUGGACCAAAUGGAACUCCUCUGCCCCGGGAGCGGCUGUUACUCUUAGGGACGCUCACAGACCUCUCGGCGGACUUGGAACAAGAGUGCAGGAAAGGAGAUGUCUAUGUGAAAGAUAACACUGGUAUCCUGACCUGCGAGCUCAUAGAUCUGGACCUGUCUUGGUUGGGCCGUCUCUUCCUGUUCCCCAAUUGGAGUUACCUCCCUCCUGCCAGGUGGAAUGCAUCCGGGGAAGGACACUUGGAGCUCUUGAGUGCCCCGGUGCCAGUGUGCCCCUCUACCGCCAGUCCUGGGCCCCCCACCCCUCUCCCUGUUCUCUACCCAGAGACUGCUUCCCGCCUGCUCAGACACAGGGGCAAGCUGAGAGGCGUGCAGCCGAACCUGGCUGGGAAGCUGGUUCGAGUGAGCGCCCUGGUGAGGAGUCAGAAGAAAGCUCACUUUGUCCUGUCUCUCGGGGACGGCUCCCCAGCUGGCAGCCACGUGUCCAUUGUCGUGCAGAUCCCCGCCCAGCUGGUGUGGCACCGAGCCCUUUGGCCUGGUAGGUCCUAUGUGCUGACAGCGCUGCGGGUCGUCAGAAUCCGUGGACACUGUUACCGCGUGUGGACCACCAGUCCUUCCUCCCACCUGCUGCCACUGAAACCGGAAUGUGUGCGAGAGCUGGAGCUGGAGCUGGAUGGGCCCCUCUUGGAGGCUGACCCCGCGCCGCCCCCCGUGCCCAGCAGCUCCCAGGAUGGGGAUGGGGAGCCGGCUCUUGUCCGCCACUCGACGCUCUUAUCCUACUCGGGAAAGGUCACUGGCGUGCUGAGCCAGCCGGCCGGCCUCUAUGAGGUGGAUGGGCAGCUGGCGCUCUGCCUCGCCUACCAGCAGUUCCACAGCCUGAGGAAGGUGGUGCGGCCGGGGGUCUCCCUGGAGCUCCAGGAUGUUCACCUCCUGCAGUCAGUGGGCGGAGGGACCAGAAGGCCAGUGCUCGCCCCCUGCCUCCACGGUGCCAUUCUCCUGCGGGGCUUCUCUUGUCAGAAGCCCGAGACUCAGUCUUUCUACCAGGCCCAGGGGACCUCCCUGUUCGAGCAGCUGGUAUGGGAACGCCAGUUGGGCCUCCCCCUGUACCUGUGGGCCACCAGGGCCCUGGAGGAGCUGGCCGGCAAGCUGUGUCCCCACAUGCUGAGACACCACCAGCUCCUGCAGCACUCCACUCCGGGGAACCCCAGUCCGGGACUGCAGCUCCUGGCUCCUGUCCUGGAUGUCCUGUCUCCACCAGGCAGCAUGCGUCGGAAUGCACACAAGGAGAUCCUUGAGGAGCCGCAUCACUGUCCGCUGCAGAAGUACAUGCGGCUGCAGACCCCCUGUUCUUUCCCUACUCUGGCCACCCUGAAAGAUGAGGGCCGGUGCAGGGCCUGGGCCGCCUUUGACCCCAAGACCCUCCUGCCCCUCCCGGAGUCUUCUUAUCUGACCAGCUGCCAGCUCAAUCAGCGAGUGUCCUGGUCCUGGCUCACUCUGCUGCCCGCCACCUCCCACCCAGCCCAGAUUUUAAUUGGGGUCCUGGCGGCUUCAUCUCAUAAAGGCUGUCUGCAACUUAGGGACAAAACCGGUUCUCUCCCCUGCCUCAUCCUGGCCAAGCACUCUCAGCCCGUCACUGACUCCCGGUUCAUAGGUUGCUUGGUGCGGACAGAGAAGUUCCAGCUGGUCAUAGAGAGGAAUGUCAGAAGCAACUUCCCUUCCUGUAAGGAGCUGAACAUGACAGGCUUCAUCCAGAAGCAGCAGGCCAGAGUCUAUAUCCAGUUCUUCCUGGCCGAUGCCCUGAUCCUGCCUGUGCCCAGACCUUUGAUGCACUCGGCCACCUCCCUCCCACCUCAGGCAGAGCCCACCCUCCCAGAUGGCCCCCAUGUAGAGCAGAGCCGACUGUUCUUGCUGUCCCACAAGGAGGCCCUGGUGAAGAGGAACUUUUGUGUCCCCCCAGGAGCUAACCCAGAGGUGCCCAAGCCCAUCCUCAGUUUCCACGUAUCGGGGAGCUGGCUUGGGGGCACCCAGAGGAAGGAGGGGAGUGUGUGGGGCCCACCCGAGCCCAAAGGAGAGGAGAACAAGGAUCAGAAGGUUCACUUAAUCUUCCGGGGCUCCUCCGUCCGCUGGUUCGAGUUCUUGCACCCAGGUCAUGUGUACCGACUCGUGGCUCCGGGCCCUCCUACCCCGCUGCUGUUUGAGGAGGGCGGGCCAUCCUGCAUCCCACAGCGUCCCCUGGAGCUGGCCGGCUAUGCGUCCUGCCUCACGGUGCAGGAGGCAUGGACUCUGGAGCUCGAGAGCGGCCCGGACGUCCCGGCUGUGCUGGACACCAGCAGGGCCCUGCCUAAGACCUCGAUGGACGACCUGCUCAGUGGCAACUCCGCAGAUUGCCUGGUGUCUUUCUCAGCUGAGAUCUUGUCACGGAGCCUGUGUGAGCCAUUUCCGGCCCCUUUCUGGGCAAAGCCUGGGGGCACUCGGACCUCGAGAGCAUCUGUGAAGCUGACCGUGGCCGUGGAGGACGCUGACUGCCCAUGCCGCCCACACUUAGACAUCUAUAUCAAAGAGCCACACUUGCCUCCCCCACUAGGACUCCUGCCGGGAGCCCGAGCCUACUUCGGCCAGCUGGAGAAGAAGAUUUCCAGAUUCCACAAUAUUUACUGUUGUUUCCGGCCGUCCACUUACCUGCAGGUCCUGAGUUUCCCCCCCGAGACCGCAAUCAGUGCUCCCCUGCCCCACAUCUUCCUGGCUGAACUCCUGCAGGAUGGCCGGCCCCCCUUCCAGGCCAGUACCUCUUGCCAUAUUGUUUCCGUCUUCAGCCUUCAGCUCCUGUGGGUGUGUGCUCACUGUACCAGCCUCUGUCCCCAGGGAAGGUGCACUCGUCAGGGCUCCACUUGCCCCACACAGACAUCUAUAAGCCAGGCCAGCAUCAGGCUCCUGGUGGAGGAUGGGACUGCCGAAGCCGUGGUGACCUGUAGGAAUCAUCACGUGGCAACAGUACUGGGUCUGUGUCCCAGUGAGUGGACUUCCCUCCUGGAGUCUGUCCGAGGGCCGGGGAAGGUGGCCUUGCAAUUUACAGGUCCUGGAGCCCAGCCUGAGUCUUCCACCAAGGUGGAUGAGCCCUUGACCCUCUUCCUCCGGACACUGUGUACCAGCUUCUCUGUUCUCCGGCCUGUUGUGCUUUCUUUUGAGCUUGAGAGGAAACCUUCUAUGGUCAUCCCGUUAGAGCCACCUCAGCUACAGCGGUUCCAGUGCGGGGAGCGGACUCUUCUGACUCGUGUGAAUCCCAAGAUCCGACUGUCCUGCCUUUCCAUCCAGGAGCCCAAGCACGCCAGCUCUCUGGGAGCCUUUUCUUUGUCCUGCUGACCUGGACAGCAGUGGGGCCCUGCUGGAAGCCUUUAGGCCUUGAGCCCAUCUCCUCCCCGUCGUUGUGCCCUUACCUGGUCUGUGAUGGCACCAGGACCCCAGGUCCCCAAAUUCAGAAACUGCUACCCUUCUGUGACAUGUCCUUCCCAUUCUGUUGCCAGCUUGCCUGGAAAUUGUUGAGAUGGGCAGAUGACGGCGCUGUUGAUGGUCCCUCUCUAGUUGGGGUCAGGGUAUUGGCCCCAACGGGAGGGGCCCUGAGUACCUGGGUUCUGCCUUUGGGGGUGUUUGUGGCAGGCCUCUUGGCCCGCAAUAAAGCUCUGGUGAUGUA